AUGGCUGCCAUGCCAACCGCAUGUAUUUUCAUCUUGGCCGUUGAGCUGUGCGAACGCUUGGCUUUCUACACCUUCACGGGCACUCAGGAGUUCUUCCUGGAGAAGACAGGAUAUUCGCUGGCGCAGGCGAAUGCCCUGACCACAGCCAUGAACACCCUGUGCAUGGCCUUCGCGGUUUUUGCUGGCUGGGUGGCAGAUGUUCAGCUUGGACGCUUCAUGACCAUCAUUAUCUUCGGAGUGACAUAUAGCAUUGGAGGCUUGCUGGCCACUACAGCUGCAGCACCAUCAUUCAUGAACUCUGGUCUCUAUUUGUUUGCCCUGCUGGUCUUGGUGCCCAUGGGCACCGCGGGCAUCAAGUCGAACAUCUCCAACUUUGGAGCAGAUCAAUAUGAUGUGUCGGACCCAGAGCAAGUCGCGGCGCAAGAGCAGUUCUUUCAGUGGUUCUACAUGGCCAUCAAUGUCGGCUCGGCUUUUGCAUAUGCCUUUCUCACUACUCUAGGCACCAAUGGUGGCAUGGGAAUUCCCAAGGAGUACGGCUACUUUGCCGCGUACUUUAUCGCUUCCAUGUGCAUGCUGUUCGCCGUAGUCUGCUUCUUUUGCGUCCGGGGCAGAUAUCGAACGAGUCCUUUGCAACGCACGUCAGCAAUGGCUGAUGUUUGCAAGCGCAUUUCGCAGGAGAUCCAGCAGGGGAACCGAUGGGCGCAGCUGGCGGCGCUGGGUGCAGCCCUGGCGGGCUCCGCCAUUGCUUGCUCCGUAGCUUCUGCAUUGCUGCAGAAUGAGCUGUCACAUGGCCAUGUCCUGAUCUUCUCGAUGGUGGCUUUCGCCCUCGCUUCUGUAGGUGCACUGAUGAUUAUUAUCUCCUGUGAGUGCCCAGAUUGGGUCAGUGAUAUUGAUCUGCCUGGAGUGUCUCUCAGUGCGGCAGAUACUCGUGGCUUCCUGAAACUCUUGCCAGUGAUCAUCACAGCCCAGAUGGCCUUUGGAGCGAUCUACAACUGUAUGCAAUACAGCUUCCAACAGCAGGCGUGUCAGAUGGACGUUCGCAUUCCUGGUUCAGGUGAGUCCCAGUUUGCCGGGUCCUUCUUCAUGAUCGGCGACUGCCUGGGGAUUACCAUCGCCACGCCCAUCGCAGUAGGAUGGUUCAACCCACUGCUGGAGUCGCGCCUGGGGAACUACUUCAGUCAUGAGGGGAAGUUUCUCUUCGGCAUGAUGGUGGGUGGGCUUUCCGUGGUGCUUGCAGCCUACCUUGAGCUUCUCCGUCGGUCAAUGCCUGUGAUGGAUAGGAUCUCCAACUGUGCUCCUGAUGGAGUUCACAUGUCGGAGCUGUCAGCCGUGUGGAUGUUCCUCCCCUUCCUGCUGUGUGGCAUUGGUGAGAUCUACACAAAUCCCGUGAUCAUGCAUUUGGCAUACAGUAGCAGCUCAGCGGCCACCCGCACCCUGGCGGUGGUUGCCACAUUGCUGGUGCAAGCCUUGGGCACAGCCAUCUUCGGAGUGCAGAUCACAGCCCUGAGCCAGUUCAUGCCAAAUGAUCUGAACGACGGACACAUCGAGUAUGGUUACUACAUGAGCUUGGGCAUUGGCCUUUUCUUCUAUGUAGCCUUUGUCCGUUCCAUGCGCAUCUUUCGACCCUAG